UUAAGGUAGACGCGAGGUGGGAAAAUUCGUUCUGUCGGUUUGUACCACGAACCUGUAACAGAAACAUGAUUUUUAGAAGAAGUUUGUGACUUUAUGGAUCCCAACCUGAGACACAUAGACUCUUUAGUUAUACGUUCACUCCCAUCACUAAUCCAUCUUGUGUGUGUGCCUGGACACUGAUGUCCUCACAGUCAAUGUGAAUUUCUCCGGGAAAUUUGCAGCACACCUGUUGAUGCAGAAUGAAGAUUGCGGUCGAAGGCUGCUGCCAUGGCGAGCUGGACAAGAUCUAUGAGACAAUUGAGUAUUUGGAGAAGAAGGAAGGGGUGAAAGUUGACUUGCUGCUGUGCUGCGGAGACUUCCAGGCAGUGCGAAAUGAAGGGGACAUGAAGUGCAUGGCCGUGCCUGCCAAAUACAGAACGAUGCAAACGUUUUACAAAUACUAUUCUGGAGAGAAGAAGGCUCCAGUCUUAACCAUCUUCAUUGGAGGGAACCAUGAGGCUUCCAACUACCUUCAGGAGCUGCCUUACGGAGGCUGGGUGGCACCCAACAUUUAUUAUCUGGGUUAUGCUGGUGUAAUUCGCUACAAAGGGAUCAGAAUUGGUGGCUUAUCUGGAAUCUUUAAAUCCCAUGACUACAGAAAGGGUCACCAUGAAUUCCCUCCAUACAAUCCUGAAACACUUCGCAGUGUGUACCACAUCAGAAACAUUGAGGUUUUCAAACUGAAACAGAUCCAGAUGCCCAUAGACAUUUUCAUGAGCCAUGACUGGCCUCGUGGAAUCUACUACUACGGCAGCACGGGAGAACUGUUGCGGAAGAAAAAGUUUCUGCGUCAGGAGGUGGAGUCGAAUACUCUGGGAAGUCCUGCAGCCGAGGAGCUCCUAGCUCACCUCCAGCCCAGCUACUGGUUCUCUGCUCACCUCCACGUCAAGUUUGCUGCCAUUAUGCAGCAUCCGCCUAAAGCUAAUGCUGCUCCACGUGUGACCAAAUUCCUCUCUCUGGAUAAAUGUUUGCCCUACAGGGAAUUCUUACAGAUUGUGGAUAUUUCAGAAAGAUCCUCUGAGGGUCUGGAAUAUGAUCCAGAGUGGCUUGCUAUUCUGAAAGCCACCAACAGUCUACAGAGGACCACCCCUCACCCCUGGAACCCCCCAGAGAAUAACGGCUUGCAUGAACGGUGGGACUUCAGGGCAUCAGAAGCGGCCAUGAUGGGGGUGGUGGAGGAUCUCAGUGGGGAACUUGCCAUUCCAGACAACUUCAGCCGGACCGUGCCAUCCUAUGACCCCAACAGGCCGCAACCUUACACGGCCCCGAGCUGCAGCACCAACCCCCAGACAACGGAGCUUUGUGCUAAGCUAGGCCUCACGGACAUCUAUGCUGUCCAGGUAAGUGGUGAGCUGGGCAGAGUUGGAGGCAGCACAGUAGGCGACGUGGAGGACGAUGACAGUGUGGGAAGUGCAGAUGAGCCCAGCGAGUAUCCAACAGAUACCUCGGGGUUGUCAGGUUCUUUCAACCCCGAUGAGAUCACUAUAGAGGACGAGUGGGAGGAAGAGGAGUCAGAGCCAAAAGAAGCUCCAGCUGGUGAAAUUCAUACACCCAGCCGCAUGGUUCUACCUGAACCCAAAACCGAUCGGCCCUUCUCAAUGAACCUGCCGCCCCCAGCACACUCCACCCCAGCAGCAACAGCAGAGAGGGAAGAACAGGACGAGGAGGAGGACGUCACAUCUGCACGACUCCUUAAACGAACCAAUAAUGAGACUGUGGAUCCUGGAAGCAGAGGCACCACUCCCAGAAUCAAGCGCAGGAACCAGGUCAUCUACACGGCGGCGGAGGACGAGGAGUGUGAGAGUUAGAGGUCAGGAUAAGAUGGGUGUACAGUUCUCCUUUAGUUAUUUAGAGGCUCUAAUUAGACACAGCUACCUACCUGAGUUGUGCUACACAGACAUUUGAUUUUUAUUGAAAAUGACCUAAAAGCAAACUGUACACAACAAAAGAUUUUGUUUCUACAUUCAGUUUCUUUUUUAUAUUUUUAAAUUAAGAAAAGGUUAGGAAAAAAUAUUUGAGUUCAGUUUAAUUUUUUUGUACAUUUGAUUACAAGAUACCAGCAAUAAUUAAAGAGGCUAAAGAGAUGGGAGGAUCUUUUUUAAACAUAAAUUCAGACUUAGACAAAGAAAGGGAACUACCCUUUUUUUAAGCUUUCAUUUGUAUUCUGAUAGAAAUGAUUUUAACUUGCCCGACAUAUUUUUUUUAUCAAAAUGCAUGGUGAAUAAAGAAAAGUUUUCUCUGGAUAUAUGUUCUCCUUUACUUUAUUUAGAGGCUUUAAUUAAACACUGCUGCACUCUUAUUAAAAGGCCUUAAAAGCAAGCUGUAUACAACACUAGAUUUAAUUUAUACAUUCAGUAAUUUUAUUUUUUUUUAGUAUCUGUAAAGGUGGUGUUCAAGAUAAUGACAGUGAUUAAAGAAGCUGAAAAGAUGGAAAGAUCUUUUUCUAAUGAAUUCAGAAAGAAAAAUAAUCGGUUUUAUUUAGCAUUUAACUUCUGUCAUCUGAACCUUGUGAGUUUUUAAUGUCUAGGGACCAUUUUUUAGCUUUCAUUUGUGUAUUAAUUAAAAUUGCUCUAAUUCAUUCAACAUAAUUUAUCAAAAUGCAUGACAAAUAAAGAAAAGAUUUCUCUGGACACCGAUAUUUGUUUAAAUCAGUUAGAUUUAUAACAUUGAUUAGAGUCCUUCAAACAAUGCAUUCCAGGUUCACAGGUGUGCUCUGCUAAAAAUCAACAUCCAUUUUAAUUUAUAUUUAAGACAUUUUAUAUAUAUAUAUAUAUAUAUAUAUAUAUA